CGACGGGGAAGCCACCACCACCAACACCACCACCACCACCACGGCCACCACGACGAACUUCACUCACACCAGCAGCGAGCAGCAGCAGUCGGAGUGAGUGGUAGUGUCAGCGAGCGGCGCGCCCUCUACCGCCAGCGUGAGCGGCUGUCACCGAGAGCCACCGCCUCUCAGCGCUGAGAUUCCUCAACAGCUGAGCGCAGCAGCAGCAGCGGUAGCGGCAGGCACGAGUGUCCUUGGGAGCUUCGCUGUUCUUGGAAUCUUCGCCGAUCACUCUGCCAGUCUCAAGAUGGUUGGAUUCAAGCCGACCGAUGUGCAACCCACCCUGGGUGUCAAGUUCCUGAGUGCUGGCACGGCAGCGUGCGUGGCGGACAUGAUCACCUUCCCUCUGGACACAGCCAAAGUUCGCCUCCAGAUCCAGGGGGAGACGCCCUGUGGCAGUGCGUUGGCGCCGGGAGUCGUGCGGCAGAGGGGCCUGGUGGGCACCAUCGCCUCCAUGGUGCGCACGGAGGGCCCCCGCAGCCUCUACAAUGGGCUGGUGGCCGGCCUGCAGCGCCAGAUGUGCUUCGCGUCCAUCCGCAUCGGCCUCUACGACACCGUCAAGGACUUCUACACCAGGGGGGGAGAACAGGCGGGCAUGAUGACCAAGAUCCUGGCCGGUUGCACAACAGGCGGCUUGGCCGUAGCCAUCGCGCAGCCCACGGACGUGGUCAAGGUUCGCUUCCAGGCCCAGCGGAGCGAGCUCGGCAUGCCGCGCCGCUACACGAGCGCCUUCACCGCCUACCGCACCAUCGGCCGUGAGGAAGGCGUUCGGGGCCUGUGGAAAGGCACCCUGCCGAACAUCACGCGGAACGCCAUCGUGAACUGCGGCGAGCUGGUGACGUACGACAUCAUCAAGGAGACCCUCCUCAAGCACAAUCUGCUGACGGACAACCUGCCGUGCCACCUCGUCGCGGCGUUCGGCGCUGGCUUCUGCGCCACCGUGGUGGCGUCGCCCGUGGACGUGGUGAAGACGCGCUACAUGAACUCCAAGCCCGGGCAGUACCGCAGCGCCAUGAACUGCGCGCUGUGCCUCAUCUCCAUGGAGGGGCCCACGGCCUUCUACAAAGGCUUCAUCCCCUCGUUCCUGCGCCUCGGCUCCUGGAACAUCGUGAUGUUCGUGACGUUCGAGCAACUCAAGCGGGGGAUGAUGCUCGCCAAGCAGUCGUGGGAGAACCCCAUGUACAGCAGCGCCGACUAGCCGACUCAGCGGCGAGCCCCUCCCGCCCGCCCCGAGCCCGCCAGCGCCCGUACGGAUUGUUUUGGCUCGUCGGGGCCGUCGCGCGCAACAUGCUCCGCUUCCCACCACCGAUGCUCCGCUUCCCGUCCCGUCUGCGAAAUUCCAGCAUGACGCGGUGAAAUCUGCGAAGCUAACAACCGAGCGCUGCCGCCGAUCGAGAUUCUCGACGAGCGAAGAGCGCGCGGCCCUCUGUGGAGUUGAUUAGAAGUAUAAACGCAGCAUGUUUGCGAAAAGCACUGCAGAUGAACGAAACGGACAGAGCCGCUCGCCCCGCAAACGAGGACAAUUAAGUAGCCCCCCCCAUGUGUUCUUAGGACCAUGUGGGAUGGUGAAGUGGAUUGUGCAAAUGUACACAUUCCUGAAUCCUAUUUUAAUUGGCUCCUUGGUAUACUCGUCGAUGCCCUUGAUGGCCACGUGCUGUGGUGUUACUAACACCCCACCCGCGGGGAAGUUGACAUCAUCCUUGCGAUGCUCUCCACCCCACGCUCCACGCACUGCACGAAGAAACACAAGCCCUUAAUGACCAAUUGCACACUGUAGUCAUUAAAGCCCGAAAGCUACGGAGGGGGGGGGGGGGGGUCAUCUGUCGGCAACAAAGAUGGUGUUCAUUGUGGUAGCACAGACUGUCGGAGAUUGUCAGGCAAAGGAGCCAAAGGUGCCUUCCUGCGUGUCGCGCAUCAUACGGGGUUGACGUGUGGAACUUCUGAUCACAGGAGGGAUCCACAGUGGAACAUUGCUUAUUCCGGGACCUUUGUGCUGACAGCGACAAUUGGGAUGGUACAAUGUUGAGGAUUUUUUUAUGAGAAUACUGCAAUUGAUUAACAUGUGACAUUUAGCAAUAUGUUGUGGUUCGAUCAACGAACCAGCAAUUUAAAUCUAGUCGUCUUACAGCUUGAGCCAUACGCGUGAAUGUACGCCUCUUGAUUUGAGAUGUAUAUAAUUUUGGAGAGCAUAUCCAAAGGGAAGAAGAGACUCCUAUGUUUAAAACUGUAUUUAUAAAGGAAGUAGGCACUGACGACGUUUCAUCGCAUCAAUGCCAUUUUCUGCUAUGACUUUUUGACCUUGACCGAGAUGUAGGCAAUAAUUUGAUUGUUUUACUUUUACAAUUAUUUGAGAAUGCCGUGCCUCUCUUAUCACAGGCAUAGUGACAGCUUCACUGCCAGUGCAGUGUUACGCUAUAAAUGAUCAAAAGGGAAAGUCAUCAUCAAUAUUUACUAUUUAUAGUUUCGGCCAUGAAACAUUACAUUUACGGCAUAUGUUGCGAUAGGAACCUCCACAGCCUAGGAGGAUAACAAUAUUCAGAUUUUUACUUCGUUUUACAAAUGAUUUUACACUUUAGGGCCGUAGGAAUACACUGUAUUAAUGGACACUUUGAUUGCGUGGCUUUGGCACAAGGAGGCGAAGCCGGCACAAGUCAAGUUCACUCUCUUAGUGGCUGCUUGUAAAGCUCAGGUAUCGGGGCACUGGGCUGGCUCAGCUUUGUCUCAAUCGGCGGGGCAUUAAUGGGGAAACGUGUCGCUCGAAAAAAAUUGGGUUGGACAUAGUGGAGCAAUGAGCUGGGUUCGUUGUCAAGUAUGUUAAUGGACAACAAAUAUAUUUUACACAGAGCACUUUUCUAGAUGUUGUGUUGGUGGCUCAGGGAGUUAAGAGCCUCGUCAAUCCUGAACCAGCACUGAGAUCCUGGGUGGAAAUCUGCGUGGCCACCAGAAUUGACCGCAAGGAUCAGACCGUGUUCUCACCUGCGGUGAGUUUGUGUUCUCGGCGCUGCACAAAAAAAAAAUGAUUAUCGAGCGUCACUGUAAUUAGCCGAGCACAUUCAGCUAAAAUGUACAGAUAUAAACAUAUCAGAGAGUUGGCAUGGUGAACACACACUUCACGCAGCAUUACCGUGUGCCUCUUGCGUUGGGUCAGAGAAACCUAAUCGACGUGACCAGAUGGAGCGUCCAUUCCCUCGUGUCACGUGAUGGGAGGUUAUUUUACCUCAUGAAUUUUAAUUGCACAGUAAUUUCUGACAUAGAAAGCACUUUUUAAAAUGAAUUUGUAGAAAGUUAAUACGAUAUAUACUUCAGAAAUGCAGCACAAUAGUUAAAUUGUUUUUUGUGUGACUUUGGGGUGGUGGCUGACAGGGCACCGCGUCUAACUGAACGCUGAUGCUGGAAGCCUCAUGGGCAGCGUGCAUGGCUUCUGGGCUCGUGUGCACAGCAUUGUUGUACGUAUGUACGUACGCUAAAUUUCUUUAAAGGCAAAAAAUAGUUUAUAAGAAAUUAUUUUUUAACCUAGAUUUUAAAGUACACAGCUCCAGUGGCUUCCUAAUAUCGGAAGGGAGAACGUUCCAGACGCACCGCAGAAGCGCAUCUGAAAGUGCGCAAUGCGGUGACCGUUUUUGUUCGAUGGCCAGCCAAGUCGUUGCAAGGAUAACCGGACUUCACGUGAUGGUUUAUGCUCCUUUGAUGAGAUCAGCAAGGUAUUGUGGUUCAUUUGUGGCAAUCACUUAUAUAUGUAAUGAGUGCGACCUUAUAAUGUAUUCGUUCGGUAACCAGAAGCCAAUGGCGGCUUGGUGAGCACUGGACGGAUCUUACAGUACCCGUCACGACAAGUGCCAAAGAGUUUUGUACAUGCUGAUGGUUUGACUAAUGCUGUGGGUCAUGUCCAGAGUGUACCACCUGCUCCAUAACAGACGUUAAAGACCUCGUGAAAUAGUUGAUAAGUGAAGGUAAUUUUGUACUUGGUGUUAUGCCAUGAUUACCAAUUCUCGACCUUGCGUAACCAUGUACCGAUGCCUCACAAAUGAAAUGUCUGAUCUUGAUGAUCCUUACCACGGUCAAGAUGAAGACAGAUCAACAUGAGAAUACACGCACUCUAUUGCGCUGCCAUCGCGUUUCAUGAGCAUGUGCUUGUGAAAAACGAACAAGGUAUUUAAAUAUCAUAACGAGAAUUGUUUAACAUGCGUUUAUAUUUAAACUGAAGACCUUGCCUGCAAAUUACACAUCUACUGACAUUCUACCACCAUAACAUUAAAAUCAAGUAAAAGCAAUGUCUAUUUUAAACAUGUUGAAUGUGUAAUCUACAACAGUGGGGGCAUAUUUAUGUUUUAUGUGCACCAGCUGAUAAUUACCUUGGGCAAUUUUAAUUUAAAAGGUAAUUACAAUGGAUUUCAACAUGUUGUGUAUCUGACACUUUGUUUUGCAAAAUUUACUAAAAUUAUUAUUCAUGCAUGAGGUGUAAAAAUCGUUUCCAUAAAGUAUUUAUUCAAAUAUUGUAAAUCAGUUCAUACAAACAUUAGCAUUCAAAGUGAAUGUUUUUUUUUAGACAAGGAGGGCUGCGCGUAAAUAUUGUUCACCUUCGACUGCAAUCAGGUGCCAUUACUAGUGGAAAACCGCCUGGCAUAUAUAUAGCAUUUAAAUUUUACAUAUAUCAUGUGGCUGUAAAAGGUGUGUAUUAGUUAGCGGAUGUUGUGUUUGCGAUAUUUAAAAAAUAAUCUUGGACAGAUAUGUAAUUUGCAUCAGAGAAAGUGUGUUGUGUCAACCCAUGUACAGCUUCACAUAUCAGUCACGUGAUUGACCCACCAGUCACAUGAAAUGCUUUAAAAUAAGCAUACCUUAAUUAUAAUAACAUGUUACUGUUGUACUCUCGAUUUUAAUGAGAACAGGCUCUUCAUGAUUACUUGCAGUAUUGAUGCAAUUUGAGGUUUCUCUUUUGAUGUCGACAGUUUUAAUUUGUGAAUUAUGGGAAAUUCAUAGUUGAGAUCAGUUUAACACGUAGGCCACAAUUCUGGCUAAUCGCCUGAUGAGGCUGGUUGUAAUCACCGGCGAAACGUCAUACUCGAAUUGUAAAUGUUGUGCUGAAGUAGUAACUAAUUGGCACAUUAUGUUUACGUGACUGAUUGGCUGUGUCGGGUGGUGACUGGUUUAAGGACAAAUAUAAAUAAAAAAUAAUAGGUUUUACCCUUUAUGGAAAUCAAAGUUGUUAAAAUGCUCUGAUAUACGUGCAUUGUCUUUGUGCUGUUCGCCUUUUGGCAUUCCCUGGCCUUGACACUGGUUAGCCUAUGCCAUAAAGGAGGCUGUCUCUCUGGUGUGGGCCAAUCAGUUUCAAGGGCAGUGCAUAUAUUAGCAGAGCCACGUGUUUGUUUGCAUGUUCACCACAAGUAUCGUGUGUGAUUAACGCAGACACGAUUUCUUGCAAAAGGGUUCUAUUUGGUGUUUGAACAUCUUAACACCUGUUUUAUUGCCAGGAAGGAUAAAACAUUUUAUUUUUCAUACCGGUAAAAAGGUCCCAUGAUACAUUUAUAUUUACACGAUAUAACCCAAGCAAACCUUGAUUAUGGAUUAUUGUUGAGGUGUUUACAGGGAGUUACAUGAAGGAUUGGUGCAGUAGUUAUCACACUGCACUGUGAAUGUGGUGAUCCGAGUUCAAUUUACAGCCACGGAUAACAUCAGCAGAGUAAUAUCAGCUCCAGUCUCCUGCCUUUUGAAGAUCUAGACUUUUUGUUCACUGAGGUAUUUUUUAAAAAAUCUAGGUUUUCUCUAAACCAAAAAAUGUAUGGCCACCACCAUGUGCCGUCGUUAACUCAGAGAAAUGUCCUCAUCACUUUCCUGCACAUUUAAAGCAAAUAUUAAAUAUAAACGUAAUAAAUGUUGCUUAUUUUUGAAAUCUGCCCGCGAAGAGGCAUGCCAAUAAAUAUAUUUGUUUUAUAACGUG